AUGAGCGAUAGGAUGGUCAAAAUUAAUAAUCCAUCAUUGGAAAAGCAAUCAAAUGAUCAUUUUCAUCAUCUUGGUAUUACGAAAAGUGCGAUCGAUAUUCCGAAGACGUAUGGCGAUGUUAAGUUUAUAUGUAUGGGUGGAAGUAUGACACGAAUGAAGAAUUAUGCGGAAAUAUUUGCCAGAGAAACGGGCAUAAGUAUAUCCAAUAAUGUAAGCACAACUGACCGUUAUGUAAUGUAUAAAACAGGUCCAGUACUUUGGGUUAAUCAUGGAAUAGGUGUUCCAUCAAUAAGUAUUAUCAUCGUGGAAUUGAUUAAAUUGUUGUAUUAUGCGAAGGCAAAAGAUGUGAUAGCAAUACGAAUGGGUACGUCAGGUGGUGUUGGUGCGGCAGCGGGUGUUGUGGUGAUUUCUAAUGGAGGAAUGAAUGGUGAAUUGCUUGACAAACAUGUGCAGUAUAUCGUGGGUCAAAAGAUUUUGAGACCAGCUAUCUUUGAUGCGGAAGUAUAUCAACAGUUGUACAAAGUAGCACUUGAAUUAAAAAUACCCGCUCAAAUCGGCAAAACAUUAUGUACCGAUGAUUUUUAUGAAGGACAAGCAAGAUUGGACGGUGCAUUUUGUGAGUACACGGAGCAGCAAAAGUUUUCGUUUCUCAACCGUUUACAUGAAUUGGGAGUACGAAAUAUCGAAAUGGAAGCAUUAUGCUUUGCAUCAAUGUUCAAUCGAGGCAAUAUAAAAGCAGCGAUAGUUUGUGUGACAUUGUUGGAUCGAUUAAAGAGUGAUCAGAUUUUACUGGAACAUGGCGAUUUAGACAAAUUCGAAAUGCGUGUUUUCAAAGUAGUCAGCACGUACAUCAAACAGCAGUUGAAAUUAUGCUAA